GUUUGACUAAUAUGGGGAAUCCGGUAAUCACUGGACAGGCUGCCAACAGUGUCAUGGCCUUUUCCGGUUCACGCUUGCUCUGACGAAGACGUGAGUGUAUACUGUAGGGUGAACCAUGGCAGACUUGGAGACAUUUGAAGAUACUGCGUUGACUUACACAGAUCCGUUGCCUGUCGCACUAUCUGCAGACUUGCCUGAAAUCAAACUUUUCGGACGUUGGAACUGCGAUGAUGUUCAAGUAGGAGACUUAUCUGUCCAGGAUUACAUUGCGGUUAAGGAGAAGAAUGCAAAGUACCUGCCUCAUUCUGCUGGACGUUAUGCUGCAAAGCGUUUCCGCAAAGCACAAUGUCCCAUUGUCGAGCGUCUUACUAACUCCUUGAUGAUGCAUGGCAGAAAUAACGGCAAAAAAUUAAUGGCUGUUCGAAUUGUAAAGCACGCCUUUGAGAUCAUUCACUUGCUCACUGGUGAAAAUCCUCUUCAGGUUCUUGUGACAGCCAUCAUUAAUUCUGGUCCCAGAGAAGACUCGACACGUAUCGGUCGUGCCGGUACUGUACGUCGUCAAGCAGUUGACGUCUCUCCUCUGCGUCGUGUUAACCAGGCAAUCUGGUUGCUGUGUACCGGUGCACGUGAAGCCGCUUUCCGUAAUAUUAAAACGAUUGCUGAGUGCCUAGCGGACGAACUCAUUAACGCUGCAAAGGGUUCGUCGAACUCUUAUGCGAUCAAGAAGAAGGACGAACUCGAGCGUGUUGCCAAAUCCAACCGAUAAACAUACUUGAUCGUGAAAAAAAUAAAUAAACAUUCUACUUUAAUA